AUGCCAGAAGAAGAAGGAAAGGUUUUGUCAGGAAACGAGGUUUCAAAAGAAAUUCGUGAGUCCUUAAAGCGUCGCGUUGCUGAUCUUCACAAGAAACUUCCAAACUUCCGUCCAGGUCUCGCUAUUGUUCAAGUUGGUGGACGUGAAGACUCAAAUGUCUACAUUCGCAUGAAAAUGAAAGCAGCCACUGAAAUCGGAAUUGCUGCUGAACACAUCCAGUUCCCAAAGACCAUUACUGAGACGGAACUGCUUGCUAAGAUCGAGCACCUCAACAUGGACUCAAAAUAUCACGGCAUCAUCGUCCAAAUGCCUCUCGAUUCCGUCAACAAGAUCGACUCUCAUCUCAUCACUGACUCAGUCUCACCAGACAAGGAUGUCGAUGGACUCAAUACAGUUAAUGAAGGAAAAAUCGCUGUCGGUGACCUUUCAGGCUUCCUCCCAUGCACACCAAGUGGUGUCCUUGAGUUGAUCAAGAAAACAGGCACAUUGAUAUCAGGCAAAGAAGUUGUUGUCCUUGGAAGAUCAAGAAUUGUUGGAACUCCAGCAGCAGAGCUUCUGAAAUGGAACAACGGAACUGUCACAGUUUGUCAUUCAAAGACACAGAACUUGAAGGAUAUUACAGCACGUGCUGACAUUUUGGUUGUUGCUAUUGGACAGCCAGAGAUGGUUAAAGGAGAUUGGGUUAAGAAGGGAGCUGUUGUUAUCGAUUGUGGGAUUAAUGCUGUACCUGAUGCUACAAAGAAGGUUGGACAGAAAUUGGUUGGAGAUGUCGACUUUGAGGAGUGCAAGAAGGUUGCAUCAUUUAUUACACCUGUUCCAGGUGGCGUCGGACCAAUGACAGUUGCAAUGCUCAUGGCAAACACAGUCCAAUCAUCAGAAGCAUUUGCAGAGCUCUUAAUGAAAACUCACUGGCCAAUGACUUUCUUACCAUUAAAAUAUCAAUCACCAAUCCCAAGCGACAUUGACAUUUCACGUGCUCAUGAGCAUAAAAACAUUUCAAUACUCACUCACGAGGUUGGCUUGUUAGCUGGAGAAGUGUCACUUUAUGGACACAAGAAGGCUAAGAUAUCACUGAAUGUUUUGGACAGGAUGAAGGAACAUGAUGUUGGUAAAUAUGUUGUUGUUGCUGGAAUCACACCAACACCAUUGGGAGAGGGAAAAAGUACAACUUUAAUUGGAUUGGCACAAGCUUUGAUGGCUCAUAAGACUAGAAAUACUAUUGCAACUAUGAGACAGCCAUCACAAGGUCCUACUUUUGGUAUUAAGGGUGGUGCAGCUGGCGGUGGAUACUCGCAGGUUAUUCCGAUGGAGGAUUUUAAUCUCCACUUAACCGGUGACAUCCACGCAGUCACAGCUGCAAACAACCUCCUUGCAGCUCAACUCGAUGCCAGAAUCUUCCACGAAGCAACACAAGCUGAUCAAGCCUUAUAUGAUCGACUUGUACCAACAAGUCAUGGAGUCAGGAAGUUCUCAGCCAUUCAACAGAGACGAUUGGAUAGAUUAGGGAUCGAGAAGACCGAUCCAAAUACUUUGACAGUUGAGGAGAUUGCUAAGUUCGCUAGAUUGAAUAUUGAUCCUACUAAGGUUGUCUGGCAAAGAGUCAUGGACAUCAACGACAGAUAUCUACGUAAGAUCACAAUCGGUCAGUCGCCAACUGAGAAGAACUUCACACGCACAGAAUCCUUCUCAAUCUCAGUUGCAUCAGAAAUCAUGGCUAUCCUUGCUCUAGCAACAAGCCUUGAAGAUAUGAAGCAGCGCUUUGCCAAAAUGGUUGUUGCAUAUUCACGAACAGGAGUUCCAAUCACAGCUGAUGAUUUGGGCAUGACAGGUGCACUUAUGGUUCUUAUGAAAGAUGCAAUUGAGCCAACGAUGAUGCAAACCUUGGAAGGAACUCCAGUCUUGAUUCAUGCUGGUCCAUUUGCUAAUAUUGCUCAUGGCUGCAACUCAAUUUUAGCUGACAAGAUUGCAUUAAAGCUUGUCGGUAAGGAUGGAUUUGUAGUCACAGAAGCUGGUUUUGGAAGUGACAUUGGAAUGGAAAAGUUCUUCAACAUUAAGUGCCGCGCUUCAGGAAUUAAACCAGAUGCAGUUGUUCUUGUUGCUACAGUUCGUGCCUUAAAGAUGCAUGGCGGUGGACCAGCAGUCGUUCCUGGACUGCCAUUAAAGGAUGAAUACACACAAGAGAAUCUCCAGCUAGUCGAGCAAGGCUUAUGCAAUUUAGUCAAGCACAUUGACAAUGGAAAGAAGUUUGGUUUGCCUGUUGUUGUGUCCAUUAAUGUCCAUAAAGAUGACACAGCAGCUGAGCAUGAAAUUAUCAAGAAAGCAGCAAUGGAAGCUGGUGCAUAUGCAUGUGUUGUGUCUAAUCAUUGGGCUGAAGGUGGUAAAGGUGCUGUUGACCUUGCUGAUGCUCUCAUUGAUGCCUGCAAUCAGCCAAGUGACUUCAAAUUCCUUUACGACUUGGACUUGACAAUUGAAGAGAAAAUCAAUAAAAUAGCUAAAGAAAUGUACGGAGCAGGAACUGUCGACUUUGCAGCUAAAGUUCGUGAAGCUAUGCGACUCUAUGCUGAGAAGGGAUACUCAAAAUUGCCAAUUUGCAUGGCUAAAACAGCAGCAUCACUUACUGGCGAUCCCAACAUUAAAGGCGCACCAACUGGAUUCAGAAUCUUUGUUAAUGACAUUUUCUUAUCAGCUGGUGCUGGAUUUAUUGUUCCAAUGAUUGGUGAAAUUUCAAGAAUGCCUGGAUUGCCGACAAGACCAGCAAUCUUUGAUAUUGAUUUGUGUACGGAAACUGGAGAGAUUCUUGGAUUAUUUUAA